GUCUGGCUGUCCGGCCCACCUCUCUGAGUCGUCUAGAGAUGUUUUUUGAGAUUGCUAGUGGGCACCUUGAGUUCUGUUGGUACCGAAGACCAGUCGCUACGAGCACCAAAGGCGGGGCCUCGCGGACCCCUGCUUCCCCAAAAGGAUGGCCCAUUUCUCGGGAGAGGACCAGGCGAUGCUACAGGCGAUGCUGAGGCAGUUGUUCCAGAACGUGAAGGAGAAAAUCACUGGUGCUCCCUCCCUAGAGUGCGCCGAGGAGAUCCUCUUACACCUGGAGGAAACUGAUGAAAAUUUUCAUAACUAUGAAUUUGUGAAGUACCUAAGACAGCACAUAUCCAACACUUUGGGGUCCAUGAUUGAAGAAGAAAUGGAAAAAUGGACAUCUGAUCAGAAUCAGAGUGAGGAAUCUGGCUAUGACACAGUUGUGCAGCAUGUCACUAAAAGAACUCAGGAAUCUAAAGAGUACAGAGAAAUGAUGCAUUCCCUGAAGAACACCAUGAUGGUAGUGGUGGAAUCUAUGAUUAACAAGUUUGAAGAAGAUGAAAUGCGAAGUCAGGAGAGGCAGAAAAAAAUGCAAAAGGAGAAAAGCAGUAGUUACUGCACAGACAACUGCUCUGACAGUGAUUCGUCAUUCAAUCAGAGUUACAAAUUUUGUCAAGGAAAAUUGCAGUUGAUUUUAGACCAGUUGGAUCCAGGGCAACCAAAAGAGGUGAGAUAUGAAGCCUUGCAUACAUUGUGUUCAGCACCGCCAUCGGAUGUACUGACCUGUGAAAACUGGACCACUCUCUGUGAGAAACUGACAAUGUCUCUUUCAGAUCCCGAUCCUGUGUUUAGUGACCGGAUUUUAAAAUUCUAUGCACAGACAUUCACCCUUUCACCAUUACAUCUGACAAAGGAAAUUUAUACAAGCAUAGCUAAAUAUUUGGAGAUAUACUUUCUUUCUAGAGAAAAUCACAUUCCUCCUCUUUCAGCUGGCAUAGAUAUAACUAGUCCCAAUGUGAUCCGCUUACUUAAAAAGGUUCGUCUUCUAAAUGAAUAUCAAAAGGAGGCUCCAUCUUUCUGGAUCCGCCACCCUGAGAAGUAUAUGGAAGAAAUUGUGGAGAGUACUUUGUCCUUAUUAUCACUUAAACAUGAUCAAAGUCAUCUUGUCUCACAAAAGGUUUUGCAUCCCAUCUACUUUCUUGUAUUGGUUGAUACCAAGGCUGUGUGGUUCAAAAAGUGGAUGCAUGGAUAUUAUAGCAGAACUGUUGUACUAAGACUUCUUGAAAAGAAAUAUAAAUCUCUGAUAACUACAGCAGUUCAGCAGUGUGUUCAGUACUUUGAGUUAUGUGAGACCAUGAAAGCCGAUGAGACUGUGGGACAUUCAAAGCAUUGUGGGAACAAGCAGAAAACUUUCUAUUACUCAGGGCAAGAAUUACAAUAUAUUUAUUUCAUCCACUCUCUGUGCCUUUUGGGAAGAUUAUUGAUCUAUACACAAGGAAGAAAGCUAUUUCCCAUAAAGCUGAAGAAUAGAAAAGAUUCAUUAUCCCUUACAGAUCUUCUGGUUCUGUUUACCCAACUUAUAUAUUACUCACCAAGUUGUCCAAAGAUGACAUCAGCUGCACAUUUAGAGAAUUACUCUCCGGCAAGUAUGGUGACUGAAGUUCUGCAGAUACUCUGCGAUCAAAAAGAAUGUGCAGUCGAAUGCUUAUAUAACAGCACUGUGGUUGAGGCACUUCUUCGGCCUAUUCAUAAUUUAAUGAAAGGAACUAAGGCUGCUCCAAAUUGCUCUGAAACAGCUUUGAUUUAUAUAGCUGAUGUUUUGGCAAGAAUUGCAUCUGUAGAAGAAGGCCUUGCCUUACUUCUUUAUGGAGAAAAUAUGAAUUCUUCCAAAGAAAAAAGUUCUACAGGUGCUCAUAUAAUAGCCCAGUUUUUGAAAAAACUUCUUGAUGAAGAUAUUUCUAUUUUUUCUGGAUCAGAAAUGUUGCCCAUGGUGAAAGGAGCUUUUAUUUCCACGUGUUGCCAAAUAUAUGGUACAUGUGAAGGCUUGCAAGUGUUAAUCCCUUAUAGUUUACAUGAAUCUCUAGCAAAGGCAUGGAAGAAGACAAGUUUGUUAUCAGACAGAAUUCCUACUCCAGUAGAGGAUUCAGAUUCUGUUUCUUCUAUAAGCCAGGAAUCCCAAAACAUUAUAGCUUGGGAAGAGAAUUUAUUAGAUGGUUUACUCAAUUUUGCUGCCACUCCUAAAGGACUACUACUUCUUCAAAGAACAGAUGCCAUCAAUGAAUGUGUGACAUUUAUGUUCAACAGAUAUGCAAAAAAGUUACAGAUUAGCAGGCAUAAAAAGUUCGAUUGUGGGGUUUUGGUUACACAAGUAGCCUCAACAGCAGCAGGUGCAGUAGCACUGCAGAGGUCAAGGUUUGUUAAUGCACUCAUAACUGAAUUAUGGGCCAAUUUGGAAUGUGGAAGAGAUGAUGUUAGAGUAACCCAUCCGAGAGCUACCCCAGUGGAUCCUAUUGACCAAAGCUGUCAAAAGUCUUUUCUAGCGCUGGUGAACUUCUUAUCCUAUCCUGCUGUUUAUGAGCUGGUAGGCAAUCAAGAUCUUCCUAAUAAAGCAGAAUAUUCUCUUCGUGAAGUUCCCACAUGUAUUAUUGAUAUUAUUGAUAGACUAAUAAUUUUGAAUUCUGAAGCUAAGAUUCGUUCUUUAUUCAACUAUGAGCAAUCACAUAUCUUUGGUCUAAGGUUAUUAAGUGUGAUAUGCUGUAGUCUAGACACUCUCCUUCUAUUAGAGGCUCAGUAUCAAGUGUCUGAAAUAUUGCUGCGUGCUCAAGAAGAAAGUAUCCUGGAGACCUCUGAGGGCCACAGAGAUUUUAUAAUUGAUGGCUUAUCAGUAGAGAGAAAUCAUGUUCUUGUUAGAAUGAAUCUUAUUGGGGGACCAGUGGAACGAAUUUUGCCUCCCAGGAUGCUAGAGAAGGGUGAUGACCCAUAUCCUUGGCCAAUGUUUUCAUCAUAUCCUUUACCAAACUGCUAUCUGUCAGAAGUUACAAGAAAUGCUGACCUAAAACAAGACAAUGAUCUCAGCAAAAUUUUAUUACACUUCAAGAUGUCUGAUAAACAAACUGAGUGGAUAGAAAACUGCCAAAGACAAUUUUGCAAAAUGAUGAAGGCCAAACCUGACAUGAUCAGUGGAGGUGCUUUAGUAGAGUUACUUGAAAAUUUUGUGCUUCAUCUCUCUGAAAGCCCAUCGGAAUGCUACUUCCCCUCAGUAGAAUAUACAGCUACUGAUGCAAAUGUGAAGAAUGAAAGUCUUUCACUGGUGCAGCAGCUUGGCAUUCAAAUGACUGUCAGGUAUGGCAAAUUCCUCAACCUGUUAAAAGAUGGCGCAGAACAUGAUCUUACCUGGGUUCUGAAGCACUGUGAGAGGUUCCUGAAGCAGCAGCGAGCUCUUGUAAAGUCUUCUCUUCUCUGCCUGCAGGGCAGCUGUGCUGGCCAUGACUGGUUUGUGUCUUCUCUGUUCAUGCUGAUGCUGGGGGACAGACAGAAGACAUUUUGGUUUCUGCAGCAGUUCUCCAGGCUUCUGGCCUCCGCUUUCCUUUGGCUGCCGAGACUACAUAUUUCUAGGUACCUCCCUGUUGACACAAUAGAAUCUGGCAUCCAUCCUGUGUAUUUUUGCAGCACUCACUAUGUUGAAAUGCUCCUGAAGGCAGAGGUGCCACUUGUGUUUUCAGCUUUCCACAUGUCUGGUUUUGCACCAUCACAGAUUUGUCUCCAAUGGAUAACUCAGUGUUUUUGGAAUUAUUUAGAUUGGAUAGAAAUCUGCCAUUAUAUUGCCACUUGUGUUUUCCUUGGUCCUGAUUAUCAAGUGUAUAUCUGUAUAGCUAUAUUCAGACAUCUGCAACAAGACAUUCUACAACACACUCAGACUCAAGAUCUGCAGGUUUUUCUAAAAGAAGAAGCACUGCAUGGGUUUCGAGUGAGUGAUUACUUUGAAUAUAUGGAAAUGUUGGAACAAAACUACCGACCAGUGUUGCUGAGAGACAUGCGGAACAUUAGAGCACAGAGCACGUAGAUCAUAGCACAAAAGGACUUGAUUGUUUCCUAUCCGUGUCCAUGACAACAUACGCUUUGUGAAUACACACUUUGUAAAUCAAUACUGUAAAUUAAGUAAUAUCACGAUGUAUUCAAGUAGUCAUUAGCUCAGUUUUUGACAUGAAAUGAAUUCAUUUAAAAUUGUUGUUUUGUGUGGUUGUUUUAGAACAAAUUGAGCUUACUUACAGUUCUUUAUAUUUAACAGCUAUUUCCAACCUAGAUCUCCUCCUUCACCAGAUGAUUAAAAUAUUUUUUCCAAUGAGUUUAGAAGGUAGCAGCAGUAUAUUAAAUAAUUCUUUGACUAGCCAUAAAAAGUCCUUAGAGACAAGGAGAAGUUUUGGUUUUGUUUUGUUUUUUAUUUUUUUUUGUCUGCACAUGAAAGGAAAAUAGACAAAACCACAACUGCGUAUUUGAUAUGUGGAGAAAAAUUAAAAUAUCAUAUUUAUCAUGGCAAGUUAUAGAAUAAAUGUUGUCCUCAGACAUAAUUGUAUUUCUAGGAAUUGCUUUUGAUACCUAUAUCAACUUAUAAUUUUUCAUGUGAAAUAUAGUCUCUACAUGGUUCAUUUAAAAGAUAGAUUAGUUAUUUUAUACCGAUAAGAAUUUGACUCUCAUUAGUUAUGCAUUUCCCUUGGUGAUAGAUUUGAUUUGUACUGAAUUGAAAACAUUAAAGAGAAUAGAUUUCUAAAUUAUUUUAAAUUACCAACAUUAUGUUUUAUUUAAAUAAAAUCUGUGCUUCAAUGAGAUUAAUACAAUAUUCUAGGGUCUAUUUUCUUAUAACUGUCACAUUUCAUAUAUGAAAGAUAGUAUGUAAAAAUAUUAAAUUGUUAAUUUUUCAGUCAGCAAUCUCAACAAGUUUUUAAAUCAACCACUAAAGCCAUUCUGAAGCUUUUUCGCCUUGCCAACACACAAUGGCUGACCAACAGACUCAUUUUUCCCUUUAGUGUGAUGAAACAACUGGUGCCAUCCAGUUUUCAAUUCUGUGGUAUCCGGGCUGCUGCAAUGCCAGCCUUCCAGAAUCAGGUUUUAUCCUACAGAUGCCAACAAUAGCUUUUCAGUAAUGGUGUUCCUAAAGGGCAUUAGAAAAGUUGAGAAAAGAAAAUUGAGCAAGUUAGUUUGACAUAUUGCUCACUUUACCUCUCACUGAUAUGAGUUAAGUAAGAGAGUCCUAGGUGACCCAAAACACCGAACUUAGUGUACUUUCAAACUCAAUUUUGAAAAGCUGUCCCACAGAAGCAGUUAUACAUGUUUAUGGAUCCAUUUCAUUCCAUUCUGUUCCCGAGCUGCUAUUAUUAGUCCUAAGAAACCUACAGCUUUAUUUUUUUAAAUCUCUUACAUGGUAAUUGGAUAUACAAAUGGAAAAGAAACUAUAACUUACUUUUACAAUAUCCAUUGGUGAUUUUCAUUGGAAACUGAGGCAAGUUCUAGAUAAUAACAAUCACAUUUUGGAAAAUUAAAUUCAUCUGGAACCAAAGGCCUUGGUUUUCAUUUGAUAAAUGUAUUAUGAACAGUGACAAAAACAAUGAGCAAUUUGGUGAAAUAAAAUAUAAAAUACUUGCAUUUCACAUUUUAGCUAUUUACAUGUUAGCUAUUGUAUAGAUAACACUAUGAAUUAUUUAUGCAUCUACUUUUAUUUUAAGAAUAUUCUUUAGAAUAGAAAUAAAUAUAGUCUUGUCUUGCCUCUCAGUUUCAUUUUCAAUUAUUUACAGUAUAAAUCCAUAGGAUAAAUUUAUUUCUAAUUAUGUGAAGGGACUUCAUACAUUUUAUAGGUUUAUUGUAAUAAACUAUAUCUUAUGAUAUAAUGUAAAUAAAUUUGUGAAUAAUUUAAGUGCACAUAUGUAAAUCUUUGAAUAUCUGUCUUCAAAAUGUGAUCUUUGUAGUUAUGUCUUCUUAUGCUAUCUAAGCAUCUAAGGAAUCUUGAAGGUAAAUAGUAUUCAGAAAUUCAUGUAAACUUUCCAACAGGAUUUUAUCUAAAUUUAUGAUUAUUAAAUUAUUGUCUGCACU